AGUUCCGCCAUACAGCUCGGCAAAGCAAUCCAAUCCCUGGCGUCGAUCUGUGCUCAAGAGAGAGUGACCCUUCGGCGCUACCUUCGCUGAGCACAGUACCCCACAGGAGAGAGUCCUCUGUCGCGAAACUACCAUCACAAAUUUAGACUCCUAUUCCUCAUUCUUUUCUGACCUCGGGGCGCUAAACUUUAGGGCUGCGCGAAUUGGCAGUUCCCUGAGUUGCCCUGAUCGUCGAGUCCGCCAAGAUUCCUUCCGCCACGAAUCUCCAGAACUUCCGAAGAUCGCCCGACCGCAACCACCGCCGCCAUACGCGACGUGCGACACUCGUAAGAAGCCACUGCCGCCGCCAUUCGCCCUCGUCCCUCUUCCUCGCUCUCGCGCCAUCAUCGAUCGCCGUUGUUUUCCGUCGUCAUCAUGUGUCCAGGAGGCGCGAACGCGGGGCUGCCCAUCCAUUCGCUCCUCUUCAACAAUUCGCUCUUCGAGGAUCUCGACGCCGCCGCCACCGCGGCGCGGUGGCUAGAUAGCACCGCCGCGUCGGGAGCCUCCGCCGCCUGCUCCGCCACCUCCGCCGCGCCGCCCAAGUUUUCCGCGGGCGGCUGGUCGCGCCUCACGCAGGCGCUGAGCAGCAGCCGCGCGCCGACGCCGACGCAGAAGAAGUGGGAUGCGAAACGCGACGGAAAAAGGGCGGCGCGGACCUCCAAGGCGGCGGCACCGUCAGCCGCCGCCAAGCCGCCGUCAGCCUCACGUCCGCAACUGGUUGAAAAAGACGGCGACUCGCCGGAGCCGGCGCUCCUCCUGCUUCCGGACGGCUCCGUCCAAAUCGUCACGUGUGCUUCCAAGUUUCCCACCGCGCGCAGCCCGAAGAAAGCAACCAAUUCAGCCGAGUCGUCUGGAGUCACAUCCAUGCGCGUCGUGAAUGACGCCUCCCCCAGGCCCACCCACGCGAGCGACGUGCUUCGCGAUCACCCCGUCGGCUACCAAGUGGGAUUGCUGACGUCAUCCAAUGCUGUCCUGCGGCCACAGCAAGUGAUAAAGCCCGGACAUGUGUACUUCCUCCAGCCGCCCCUGGCCGACGCCGCGCUUCCCGCGCCCGGCGUCAAUGGGAUGAAUCCGGCCGACGAUUUUGGCGCGUCUCGAGAUGAGUCUGACGAGGGAGACUCUGCCGCCCUAUUGGCCGUGCAACGGGACGACUCUACUAACGCGGACAAUGUCGCGAGUGAGAAUUAUCUGGAGCCGGAGGAGCAUCCGCUGGACGAUGUGACUAUAACGGAGGAGGGGCUGGUGGCGAGUAUUCUCGGAAACUCCUACAGAAUCUCUGACGCCAAUGUGGUAACCCGUGACCUCUCGUACAACGGCACCAGCAGCACCACCUCUUCGACCCGCAGCAAUGGCAGCAACACCACUAUGAGAAGAAGUGCCUCAUCCGGCGAAAGCACACAGUCGCGCGCCGCGUUCUCAGCAACGUCGUCCGCAGUAUCAUCAGCCACGACUUCUGCUGCGACUUCAGAGAAUUGCUCCCCCGCACUGCUCCCGGCAGCAGCGCCAGGCCAGCAACCACCUCUUCUCUCCCUCUCCCCCUUCCCCAUGCCGUCCCUCUACCGCACGCCCUGCGCCUGCUGCAGCGGCAAGCGCUCCACCACCCCGACAUCACACUUCUCCAGAGCCCUCACCCACUCCCUCACCCUCUCGCCCACCUCGUCUGCCGCCGCCCAUUCCACGUUCCCUUCCCCCAUGCUCUCCCCGAGAGGCCCUCCAACCCCACCAUCCCCAUCACCAUCCCUUCCCUGCCCUAUUGGAGCUUCGGGCUCCAGCCGCCCAAGAGCAGCCGCCCAGUUCUCGGCGGUUCCGGAAGAUUUCAGCUACGAACUGGACGUUGCUGCUGCCCAGAUGUUUGCCGCUGCCGCCCAGGAGCUCCCCUCCUCGCCCUUGAUGCACCGGGGCUGGUGCACUGCCGGGCGGCACAUCCAUCCCCAGUAUUCGCCCGGCAUUGGCUGCAGCGAGUGUGACAGCGACUCAGGCGGGCCUCUGCGAAGCUACAGUGCACGAUACGACGGCAUCAGAUUGAGCAUGAGCACUGGAUUCGGCCACGUCAGCAGCAGCAGCAGCAAUAUCUGGAACAAUGUCAACCAUGUGAGCAAUGUGAACAAUGGGAACACCAGCAGCAUCAGCAGCAUGCACAGGAGAAGCCAAUCCCGAGGGCUUGAAUCUUUCAGUGCAGCACAGAGCGAGGUGGACGCUUUUGACAGGGGGCAAGUGCAAAGGCACAGCCCCUUCCGAGUGAGAGGAAGGGCAGUGGUGACAGUAGAGGACAUGGUGUUUGGCCGGGGGGAAACCUCCCUGGCUUGAAUGAUCUCAAGUUACCGUAUGGCGUAAGAACUGAAUAAUGAACUAGGAGAAAAAACCUAGAACAAAUACCGUAUUCCCCCGGAUAAAACACCCGCCGGAAUUAAUCACCCAUGGGUGGUUUGGGCGGACCUGGGUGCUUAAUUAAACUGGAUAUUCAUACCACCCUAGUUUUUGGCAUGAAUCCUAUACACCACCCCCCUGGUUCAUUUUCAAUGGAUUUCUGUAGAUUUUGCCUCUUAUCAGAGUGUCUCUUAUCAGACUCGCACGUC